GGCGCGGCUGGCCAGGGCGGUGGAGGCCUAGCGCUGGCCUGAGUCCUGCGACACGGCACCCUGCCCCACACUCGGCCGGGUCGCCUUGGCGAGGCAGCGUCUUCCGGCCGGUGCGGCGGGAUUCCGUGGAGACCCCCCCCUCCCACAUCCUGAGAGGGGGAAAGAAGAUAAAAUACCAGGCUGUCUCUUACCAUCAUCAAUAAAUCUCUGUAGAAGCUGAAAUCCAUCACCAUCCUUCAAAAUGCAGUGGAAUGUACCACGGACUAUGUCUCGGCUGACACUCAGGACAGUCUGGGAACCACUGAAAGCCAAGCUCUCCGCUCACCACGGGAGCAUAAAAGGACCCUUACCUUGGCAUAGAGAUGAAUACAGACUAGUUUGGACACCACACCUUCGGAAGCAGUGGUUACAUUUACCUGCUGUGCAGUGCCUUGCAAAGCGAAGGAAUCUAGUAAAUGCUCAGCCAUCUCAGCAAGGAGUCCUUCACCAGGAACGAUGGGAGCAGGAUAUUUUAGCCAAGAGGGUUUUAUCUUCCAGCGCCACAUCCCAAGAAACUCCAUCAGAAAAGAAGGAAGAGCCAGAUCCUUUACAUGACAAGUCUAUUAGUCUUUAUCAACGGUUUAAGAAAACCUUCAGACAAUAUGGAAAAGUCUUAAUUCCUGUGCAUCUAAUAACUUCUGGUAUUUGGUUUGGAACAUUUUACUAUGCAGCUAUAAAAGGAGUGAAUGUCAUCCCUUUCCUAGAGGUCAUUGGAUUACCUGACAGUGUAGUAGACAUCCUGAAAAACUCCCAGAGUGGAAACGCCCUGACAGCAUAUGCCAUGUUUAAGAUUGCAACACCUGCCCGCUAUACUGUGACCUUGGGAGGAACGUCCUUUACCGUGAAGUAUCUGCGAAGUCAGGGGUACAUGUCAACCCCACCACCUGUCAAGGAGUAUCUGCAGGACAGAAUGGAGGAGACUAAGGAGCUCAUCACUGAGAAAAUGGAGGAGACAAAGGAUAGACUCACUGAAAAAUUACAAGAAACCAAAGAAAAAGUCUCUUUGAAGAAAAAAGUGGAAUAAGAGUGCCUUAUGUAAGAUGUUACAGAAAACCCCACACUUUAACCCUAAGAGACUGGGGGCAAAGAACAUGUUCAGAAUGUCUUUUUUUUUUUUUUUUUUUUUUUUUUUUGCUUGCCUAAAUGUGUAUAUCCUCUGAGGGUUAAAGAACAAAGAGGUUUUUUGUUUUUAAGUUAAAUAACAGUGGAGGGGAAAAAUCAAUGUUUUUCAAAAUGAAAUGAACCCAGCAUACAAAUUUUAUAUAUGAGUUGCAGUAAUAAGCAAUAGCUAAUGCCCUCAAAGUCAGAGUUCCUGUUCCAUAGCCUCAGAAUCCAAUCUGCUUCACGGUCUCUGACAUUGCAGUGUGUGUACUGGUCAGGCCACUAAGUGCCCAGUUUUGUGGGGAUGAACACCAUUCCGACUCUGGGUAAGAGACUGGAGAAGUUACCUACAAGUUAACAUGUAGCCCUUAAUUCAAAAAGGUUGUAUAAAUCCAGUCUUACAUUUAUUAGUAAGAUAUGUUGGUUAUGUGAUGAAAUGGACCCUGUAAAAUGGUUUUUAACUGGAGCUUGUCAAAAUCACAUUUCUAAAGCAAAUUCUUUUUCAGACUUAACUAUGCAUGGUGGUUGGACACUUGGAUUGUCAGACUUUCUUGUAACUCGCUUCUGUCUUCUCCAGCCAAUCUUUGGAAGAAAAUGAAAGUUUUAUAUAAACUUUAUUAUUGAAAUAACAUACAUCAGCAACUCAAGUUCACUCUUCUUAACUCCAUCAAGCCUUGAAAGACCACCGCUGAUUGGGUAGGAACAAGUCGGUAGCUGCAGAUGCUUGAGAAUGGAGGCUCAUGGUGGGUCCGUGGAGAGCAGGUGAGCAGUGCUCAUCUCAGAUCGCUCCACUACAUCAGCCCUGUGGGAUUUGGGUCCUUACAUCCCUGGUCAAAACAUAAGAGGCCUGUCUGUCAUAGGUUCCAUUAGAAUUGUGGUGUUUGUCAUAUUGGAAGGAAGAAUUCCCGCUUAAAUAGUAUGCUUGACUGUUUCUAGGUUGUAAUGAAUCAGGCUGGCAGGCAAAUCCCAUGUCUGCAGAAUGUCUUUCUGUGUGUGGGUGCACUCUGAGCUUUCCUUUAGGUCUAUUUAACCCUUGGGUUGACACUGGCGCAAGAAAUGGCCUCUUUAUAGGGCAUUGGUUUUGACUUGCCAUCAGAAGAAUGUCAGAGACCUUGCCACAUAGCUAUCCCAUUCAGCCUCUGCUUUGUGACAGAAUUUAUGUCUACUGCUUAAUUUGGCCAAAUUUAGAGAAUAAGGAGAUAACCUCACAUUUGAGAAAUCUAGUCAUUUUAUUGAAACAUUAAGUGAAAAUGCUAUGGUCGGAGUCUUCUGGGUUGGAGAAUUACAGAGGAAUUUGUCAUGGGUCUCUGUUCUUUGUGUGUUGGCAGCAUGAUUAAUCUGAGGCAGAGUUCAGUGCACUGCUGCAAGUUGAUGGCACCCUUUCAUAUAAGCAGGACAACACACUUUAGCAUGUUUAUUGAACAGGAAGAUAGUAAAUGCUGAUGUAUUAACAUUCACCCCUCUCCCAAACGACCAAGAAUACCAUGCUAAAUGUGAUAAUAUAGAAGUUUUUCUCCUAAGACCUUUUACCAGUCUCAGUGCAUAGGGCAUAUCAUCUAGUGGAGGUAGUUUGAGAGCUCUUAAGACAUUGCUAAUAAUCAUGAGACUGCAACUUUUAUCCCAAGUAGAUAUCUUCUGCCUAGUCCAUUGGAGUCGUAUUACCCUCCAGUUCUGAGUCUGGGUUGUGUCUUGCCAAUUAUAGCAAAUAAGGAGCUGUUUGUUAUCUGCUUUUAAAUCCAAUGAAAAUGUCCCUAAAGAUUUGAGAAGUUAUAUUGUUACUAUUUGGCAUCAGAGAUGUCAUAAAAUGCUGUUGUUAAUAUUAUCCUUAAAACAAACAACAACCAACUUGCCGGGGAUCCUGCAAUGUGUUGAUAGCAGACAACAGUACAUGUCAACUUAAAUUAUCAAAAUGUAUAAUAUAGAUUUGUAUAUGCUGAACUGCAUUUUAUUCACAGCAGAUCAUGGGCUUCUCUUAGCUGCAAGGGAAACGAGGAAGCUCCACAUCUGGUGUGCACAUUUAUCCUUUUGAAAAAUACGCUGAUGUCACAGAUGAAGCUGUGACUGAGUUUUUUUUUUAAUAGACAGAAAACAUUUGCUUAGCAAAUUAGUAAGUUCAAAAGAAAAUGAAUUAGGUAAGAAGCUUGGUUUGUUAAAGAAUAAGAGUAAAACCUGCCUUUUAAAACAUCACAUCAUUAUUGAGAGCCUUUUGUGCAAAAUGGGGUGCUGUUUGGAUUUCACCAAAGGGAAAAGCUUGUAUAUUGGGAAUAGCCUUCUCCCCACAAUGAAAUAAUAAAACUAAGAUUUGAAAUAUUUCCAAGUUUUCCACUUAAAAUCUGCCCCCGUCUUCUCAUUCACAGAUGAAAGAGUGAAGGGCUUUAUGCUCGGGGUGAGCUAGGACUGGGAGGCUAUCUUGUUCCUAGGCCAAAGUUGUAGGGAUUUUAAGCAUCUUUAUAGUGUGGGCAGAAGAGCUGUUCAGACAAUGAAGCUGUAUUUUAGACACAUUGAGCUUCUUUUAAUGUCCUUUGCACUGGGUUCAUGUCUUUUAAGAUUUCAAAACUGCUUCAAAAUACAAGCUGAGCUAUUGUAAGUUGAUGCACUAGCAAUGAGAUUGGCAGAAAGUGAAUUUUGCAAUUGAGGCAAGAAAAGUUAGUAAUAUUUCUGAGUUCUUUUUAAAUAGAGAAUUUUGAAUAUACACACUUUUUUUAAAAUUAUUAAAGGGCUUCUUAAAAGAGGUUGUUGUAGAAUUAGAGGAAUAAUUUUCUUGGUAGCUACAGUUCAUUUUCUGAAUAUUGUUUCAGAUUUCCAAAACUGAGUCUCCAUAAAACCUAAAAUAAGGUAAUUUUAAAUGUUCCAAUUAAGUGCCCUUCUUGCAUGCCACUUACUUGUUGGCAUUAAGAGCUCACUGUUUAAUUGACUUUAGCAGGGACAUGAUGAAAGAAUUAUCCAGGCAUUGGCCCCAUGCCGGAUGAGCAUGUGUUGAGGGAUACGUGGGUCUCUGUAUUGGAAAUUUGCAGAAGAGGUGUCGGGAAGGCAGUGAGGAAGUUGUCACUCAUCCAUUCUUCAAAUAGUAACUGUGCUUGGUCUCCAUUGGCCCAUGUGUAUGUUAUUUACCAGUUUUGUAUUAAGUAGAGGUUCCAUGAGAGAAGGAAGAAGAAAGUCAUAUACAGCAAAGUCUGGACCUCAUCCUUCCUGAUGAUUGGAAUGGUCUAAGGGCCACACCUUUCCCAGAAUUUGACCUUUCAUGGCCCCCUUAAGGAAACUUUCUCUUAUACUCUGAGCUUCUCGCAGUUAAAUGCUGAGUUAGGCUCGCUGGAUUGAUUUUUCCCUCUGAGACUUCUAUGACCUUUGAUCAUUCUAACCAGUCAAAACAAGUCUGUGGUUGGCCUACGUCUCCAGGAUUAAGCUUUGAAAAUUAAGGUCUGUUCUUCCCUAUACAUCACUGAUAGUCACUAACAGUAAUUACAGAUCCUCCUUAUCCUGUGGCAACUAUUUGGUUAUUUUGAUAAGAAUGAUCUUCUUAGUAGGAAGAAUGUCGUUAUUUUAGAGCCCUUGAGGGCAGAGUGGGGCGUGGUUUGUUGUGAGGAUUUGCUUGAAUGACCUUCUUGGGGAAGCAGAUAUCAAGUGUAGAAUAUGGCUUCUUAUCCAGUGAGCUAUGGGGAAGUACAUCAUGCUGUUUUCUCUGGGAAACCAGUCCAGUGAACAAACCUUGGUGGUGAGAAGUAUGACUCCAUGCCAAAGUAUGCUUCCUGCUUCCUGAUUUUCCUGAAAGUGGAUUAGCUGGAAAUUUUGCUUUCCCCCGUUUACCCACCUCCCUUUGUCCGGCCUUUUCUGUCUUGAACUUUGACUAAUUUAAAUGUUAGCAGUCACUGACAUGAGAAGGAGUGUGCCCAGUGCAAGUCUGCUCAACAGUUCUGUAAGCACAGUUUUGGUUCAAGGUGCACAGCAGCACAGCGUUCUUCCAAGGAUCUGAAGCUUCCAGCUGCAGUUGGCUGCACCCACCAGUUUCUAGAAACAACAUUGAAACCUAACUUCAUCCUUUUUGUUUUAAUAAGAUGAAAUACACAUAGUAAAAGGCGCUUUCUGCCAUAUUUUGACAAUUCCAUAAAGAUGCUCCACAAAACAGCAAUUCUGUAUCAUCCUUUUCCAGUUAAAUGUUAGCUCUUAAUCCUGGAUUUGAUUUUAGGAAGGGCAGCAAUGUUCAUACAUGAACAUAGUUUAGCUGUUGCCUUGUUUGCGCCUCUGGAGUGUUAGACUGGAGAUUCUAUGACAAGCGUGUUUUUACUCAUUUGAAUCCAUACCUCCUCAGGAUUCUUACUGUGGUAUCCAGGUUGUUACUGUUGCUGUUUCUCUCAUCCAUGGGUGUAGGAUGUCCUUACCUGCUUGGUAUUCGGCCGCGGCAGUGUAGUUAUAGGGCCCUGCUGCCCAAGACCUCAGGCAACAAGUACAUUAUUCUGUUUCCUUGGUGAAGCAAAGUCAGGUUACGGGAGCUUGUGUACUCUGUAUUCUUCUGACCAGUAACAAACAGGUGUGCAUUGCUCCCAAAGUAAAAAAUACUGUCAAGUAUGUCCACAGACCUAAUGCGGUAUUUGUUGAGCAAACUAUUCAAUAAUUGCACUGUUUUGUUUUUAAGAUUGUUAGCUUUUACCUUUGUUUUUACCACUGAUAAUAAUUCAAACCCAAGGCUUAGAGAACUGUGGAAUUUAACACUGAUGAGUCAUGUCAGGACAUUGAAGCCAUGUUUUGGUUAAGAAAAAACCAAAGACCUGUGUGUCUGAAGUUCAGCCAGGCAUUACUCAUGUGGUCCCUUUCCCCUGUGGCAGGUACUUAAGUAUGCCAGGCCAUGCUCUUGGACUUAAAGGAAAAUAAAAGUCAAGCCAGUUCAUCAAAUUUGCCAGUAAUGUAUAGCCUGGCUCUUCUGCUGAUACAGUUCAGCUUUUGGCUGUUAACCUUGUAACGUGACUUCCUUUAGACUCUACUCUGGCCAUCCUCUUUUUAGAGUGAUCUGAAAGGGAGAUAGAAACUAUUGUGACCUUAUCCCUUCGUUUUCCCCCUUUAGUUUUAGAUGGGCUGGGGUGGGGAAGCUAAAGGUCCAGUCUCAUUCUGUCCUCCGUCCCCAUCUAGUGAAGUCGGCCUUAGCAAAGCAUUCAGGUUGCAAUUUUCACACAACUGAAUCCAUACUCGAAACUAGUUUCUCUUCUGGUCAUAUAAUACCUUUUGCCUUUUCCUAAUUACCACAUUUAAAAGUAAUGAAGAAAAACCUCAAUCAAGUCUAGAUUUUUUAUAUUAAGUAUAAAUAGUAAUGUUAAAUACUUCAUAUAUCAGGGACCACUUGGUCUCAAGAAAUUCUCAGAUUGUCUCCUUUUCCUUCCUCCCAUCCAUGUAUAAUAUUAGACAGUGCCAUACUUGAAAGCUGCUGAGACUAAUUUUUCCAUUUAAUUGUUGCCAGUUUCUAGAAGAUCUGAAGCCAUCAGAAACUUCUAUUUAUGGAAAAUUUUGGUGCAGUGGAGUUUAAGAUAUCCUUAGGAAAUACUAGGUUUCACCAAAAUUGAGUGCUUGCCCUCGCUGAGUCCCUUGAAAAGGAAGAUUAAAGCUCACGAUUCAUUUGGCCAGAGGGAAGAUUUCCUAUGAAGUAGUCUCAGUACCAUAAAAUGAAAACAAAACUCCAGGUACUUCCACACAACUGUGCGGCAAAGCUUGUGUGUUGUUCACUGCCUUGGCAGAUGUGUGCCUUGUGUGCAGGGACAGCCUCCACAGGACCUGCAUGGAGAAGAUAGUGUGUGGUUAAUGUGCCCAUAUCUUCAAGUGGACAGAAAGAACAGUAGGACCUCUUUGGCUAGCAGCUGCCACCUCAUGUGGACACUUGAGGGUGUGGUGGGCUGCUGUCUCUGCCUUAGCUCUGCUUGGCUGAAACAAUUGCACGUGCUCUAUAGAUAGGAGUUUGGAACUACCUCCAGCCAGGGACAUUAAUUACAGAGGUGAGCUCUCGAACCGUCUGAAGGCUGCUGGGCCCAAGGUCUGAGCUGCUCUUUACCAUAUGUAGCAAAUGUUUACAGAAACAUUUUAAUUAGAAUCUGUGUAAGCCAAACAGAUCAAAACAGUAAAGUGAGGGAAAUCUAACCUGUUUUAAGUAGCAUGUUCACUCAGAAGGCCCAGGGUGAGCUGCUGUCUGAAAAGUCCUUGUUUUCUGCAUCAGGCCUUACCAGAAGCCUUCAAAGCUUGUUUGGUCCUCAGCCAGGGGACCUGGGCGGAAGGUAGUCCCACGAGGCACUCUUUCAUUGUAAACUGGAGUCCCAGCCUCAUGCUCUUCAAGGGUUCAACCUUCCUGCUGUAACAUCAAAGCCUGUUGCUUAGAAAUGCCUCUUGAUGUCCUCCUGCUUCUCCUGAAGCAACUCUUGAGAACCUGGGCUGGACUUUCUGAGAGGAACUCAAAUCUGCUAGUACUGAGGUGGUCAGUACCAGUGGCAGAGGGGCAGGAGAGCCUGGCACCUCUCUUCCUUUGCUCACACUGCUUGCUGUUAGGUUUGGGAGCUCUGGGGACAGCCUCUGGGAAUUCUCUGAGAGCACAGUGUGGUCUGCUAGUGACUAAGAAUAAGAGUCCCCUCAUCAAAAAAAAACUUCACUCUGAAUCUGAAGUGGACUAGAAUUUGGGCCCACACAAUUAUUCCAGUAAGACUUUGAAAUUGUUUCUAUUUGUUUAUUGCAAAUUUACAGAAAUGGAAAAAAUAAAUCUAUUAUCACUUA